AAACUAUGUAAUUGGAAGAGGAAAAACUUCCUAGAUGGAAAAUGAGAGAAGCAAACUGGGAAUUGUAUAAAACAAUAGCAGUAAUAAGUUGAUUGGUUCAGUAUCAAAUUUGGUGGGUGACAUUGAGGAGUUAAACAGAUGCACAUUUUGUGACGUGGCAACCAAUCCUUUUGGGGAACGCUACACCCCUCUACUACCUAGCCCCUCGUGAUUCCACAAGACAUCCUACUUUCUUGAUGAAAUGAUGUAGCCUUGGCUACAUGUGGAUACCACCUCUCACAGCGGCCCAGCUGGAAGAACAGCUUAAACUGGUCGCCAGGUGGUUGAUCAGCUAUAUAGUCUUACAGUGGUGUGUAGCUGUCUGAAAGUUAUUUUAUUUGUGUCCAGGUAAAGGUACAGAAUCAUAGUCAUGCAUCUAUCUAUAUGUUGGAUGUGCAGGAUUUUAAUGUCUCAAUGUGCUUGUUUUCAGAAUAUGGUGGAGAACUCACCAUCCCCUCUGCCAGAAAGGGCCAUCUAUGGAUUUGUGCUUUUCUUGAGCUCUCAAUUUGGAUUGUUUUUGUAUUUAGUAUGGGCAUUUGUUCCAGAGGCCUGGCUUCACUCAGUUGGAUUAACAUACUGGCCCCAGAAGUACUGGGCACUUGCUUUGCCAGUGUAUCUCCUGGUCGGUUUGACAUUCUGUGUAAUCCUUCUGUUUGGGAUCAACAUGAUCAACACAGCUCCACUCUGUUCAGUUGAUAACAUCACAGAUUCCUAUGCCAAAGGUCAACGAAUAGACUGCGGUCAGAAUGGAUCUCCACCCAGACUGAAGGAUGUAUCCAUUAGUGAAAUAAACCAUAUGUUUUAUUUAUCACAAGAAGACUUUAAAUAACAAAUUUAGUUUUGCAAAAAAAAAAAUGUUUUUGUAAUAAACGAUGGUGUAAGAAAAGGA